CAGGGCUCAGGCUGGUCUUCACUAUAGACUACUGCACGGUGCACUGCCCAUUGGAACAGCAAACAUAGCUGAAGACAGUGACUCAUGCCUUCCCCAACAGGAUGCUCCUUCCAAAUGACACCCAGUUUCAUCCCUCCUUCUUUCUCUUGCUGGGGAUCCCAGGGCUAGAAUCUUUUCACAUCUGGAUCGGCUUUCCUUUCUGCAUGGUGUACGUGAUUGCACUCCUAGGAAAUGUCACGAUUCUGUUGGUGAUCAAGACUGAGAGCAGCCUGCACCAGCCCAUGUUCUACUUGCUAGCCAUGCUGGCUGCCAUUGACUUGGGCCUCUCUACAGCUACCAUCCCUAAGAUGCUUGGGAUCUUCUGGAUGAACCUCAGAGAGAUCAUCUUUGAAGACUGCCUCAUCCAGAUGUUUUUCAUCCACAAAUUUACGCUUAUGGAGUCAGCAGUCCUCUUAGCAAUGGCAUAUGACCGCUACGUGGCCAUCUGCAACCCACUUCGAUAUACUGCCAUCCUCACCAACAAGGUGGUUUCUGUGAUUGGGCUCAUCAUACUGAUGAGAGCAAUUAUUUUCGUCAUUCCAUUUGUAUUUCUAGUCUUGCGUUUGCCCUUCUGUGGGCAUCAUGUCAUUCCCCAUACCUACUGUGAGCACAUGGGUCUUGCUCGCCUGUCUUGUGCCAGUAUCAAGAUCAAUGUUAUCUAUGGCUUAUGUGCCAUAUGUAACAUGCUGUGUGACAUCGUAGUCAUUGCUCUUUCCUACAUACAGAUACUUCUUGUUGUAUUUCGUCUCCCUUCUCAGGAGGCCCGACUCAAGUCCCUCAGCACAUAUGGGUCACAUGUUUGUGUCAUCCUUGCCUUCUAUACGCCGGCCCUCUUUUCCUUCAUGACACAUCGCUUUGGUCGAAACGUUCCCCGCUACAUCCACAUCCUCCUGGCCAACCUCUAUGUGGUGGUACCACCCAUGCUCAAUCCUGUCAUAUAUGGGGUCAGAACCAAGCAGAUCUAUGACCAUGUGAAAAAAAUGUUAUCUCACAUGCAAGGAAAAGAAAAGGAAUAA